AUGGUAGUGAAGAACAGAGCUGAGAAGGUAGAGGCAAUAAGCCUUAGUGAGGUCGAGCAGGAAACACGGCAAAAACCAACGAUCUUCUCAAGAAUUUUGAAAAAGACCAGCGAGGCAUCGAAGAAACUCGACUCCCUUGGUGUCGAGAUUCGUGGUAUUCAAAGAAUUCCUCCAUAUGAAAGAGGUACUUCCAAGCAGUUCUUUAGCGUUGCAGGGCUGUGGUUGAGUGCCGCCGGUGGGCUGUCGUCGAUGUCAUCAUAUUUUUUGGGCCCGUUGAUAUUUGAGCUUACGUUUCGCCAGUCUUUGAUGAGCGGACUAAUUUCAAUGGCCAUCGGUUGCGGAGUUGCGGCUUACUGCUCUACAAUGGGGCCGCAGUCUGGAUGUAGGCAGAUGGUGACCGCAAGAUAUUUAUUCGGAUGGUAUUUCGUCAAGUUUGUGGCUUUAGUUUCAAUCAUUGGCGUGAUGGGGUGGAGUAUUGUUAAUUGUGUGGUGGGAGGUGAAAUGUUGGCAGCGAUUUCUGACAAUAAGAUUCCAAUUUGGGUUGGAAUAAUCAUUGUCACUGCGCUGUCAUUCCUCGUGGCAAUUUUUGGUAUUAAACAAGUCUUGAGGGUUGAGACGUUUCUUUCGGUUCCUGUCCUCACUUGUUUUCUUCUGCUUUACAUUGCUUCGAGUGACAAAUUUAAUUUGUUGGACACGUUCAAGAAUGACGACAUCGAGCCUUCUACAAUUAAAGGAAAUUGGAUGUCAUUCUUUUCGCUUUGCUACAGUAUAACUUCGACAUGGGGCUCCAUCACGUCAGAUUACUAUAUUCUGUUUCCAGAGGACACAGCUUCUUACAAAGUGUUUUUGCUGACUUUUUUUGGGACUUUACUUCCAACUACAUUUGUUGGUGUUUUGGGUUUGAUCUUAGCUUCUUGCGCUGCAACUUACGAGCCUUGGAAUGAAGAGUACCAGAAUUAUGGGAUGGGCGGAUUGCUGCACGCUGGAUUCGAGCGGUGGAACGGUUUUGGCAAAUUUUGUGUCGUAGUGUUGAUUCUGAGUCUCAUCUCAAACAACAUUAUCAACACGUAUUCUGCCGCGUUCUCCAUCCAGCUAUCGAGUGUUCACAUGGCGCGCGUUCCACGGUGGGUGUGGGCUAUUGCAUGCACUAUUUUCUACUUAGUGUGCGCUUUGGUGGGCAGAAACCACUUCAGCGAAAUCCUAGGAAAUUUCCUACCAAUGGUGGGCUACUGGAUUAGCAUAUACUUCAUUAUCCUACUAGAGGAGAACGUCAUUUUCCGUGCCCAUUUCCUGCGCUUGUACUCCAAGGAAUUUCCUUCGCACCAAACCGUAGAAGGGGGUGCGUCGUCUCAGUUAAGCCUGCGGGAGUUUAAGACGCACAAAUCUCGCUUCACCAAACACCACUACAAUUGGGACAUGUGGAACAACCAAGACGUCUUGACCCAUGGAUACGCCGCUACAUUGGCUUUCCUCUUUGGCGUUGCUGGAGUCGUCCUGGGAAUGGCUCAGGUCUACUGGAUUGGCCCCAUAGCGCGCCACUAUGGCGCGAAUGGCGGCGACUUGGGUAUGUGGCUAAGCAUGGCAUUUUCGGGUGUAGCAUACCCGGGACUCAGAUACAUCGAAUUACGAAAAUACGGUCGCUAA